CAACAACUCAUCUCACUCCGUCACAUCGCAACACAGACCUCAGAAGCACAUCUCAUCUUGUCUCGUCUCACCGUUCAUUGGACUCCGAGCAAACCAGCGGAAGCUCACGAGCGUCUAGCGAAGCAACAGGCAGAGCAAAUCAAUGGCGAUGGCACCGUCAGCAUCGGUCGUCUCCUUCUCCGCCCGCCCGUCCGCCGCGCUCCAGCCACGCGCCGCCUCCGCCUCGGCGGGGGCCGGUGGGCGGGUCCGCGCCGGGGCGCCCAAGGGAGGCAAGUGGUGGGCGCCGCUGGUCGGGUGGUCCGGGCGGGCGGACUACAUGGAGGCCGCGGCGCCCACGCCGGUGGUCGAGGAGGAGGGGAGGACGUUCGUGGGCCUGACGGAGGAGAAGGCGCGACAGCUGCGGGCGAGGAUGUCGGAGAUGGACAGCUUCCACGACGCCAUGUACCACUCUGCCAUUGCGUCCCGCCUCGCACGCUCAACCUAGGAGAACAACUGCUGUUCAGUGCGUUUGUAUAUAGUAUGCUUCUGGUCGUGCUGUUAUCACGGAGGAGAUGCAUACGGGAGGGAUCUGGUUUUAGGAUUGCCCACCCCCCCCCCCCCCCCCCCCCAUCUUCUCUUUUGUAAUUGUAAUUACACCCCAUGUGCAAAUGUUUUUCAUGUAAUCCCUCUGAAGAUCUAAAAAAAUGUACUCCAUAUGUGUGUGAGAGUGUUUACAGAAUUCGGUUUCA